GGGGAUGCUGAAAACUCUGUUUUUAUUUGUAGUCAAGGCUAAGAGUCAUCCUGUUUCUUAGAUCCGUCUGGGACAUUCUAAUGUCCACGCAUGCCCCGAUGAGAUUUGUGUGGUGUGAGCAGGACGAUCACUUCCUAGAAACCCAUUUAUUGCAUCGUUCAAGUCGAAGCGGGCCACUGAAGAACUGAGUCAGUCCAAUAUGGAAAUGAAUAUCACCGUUUGGGUAUUCACGAUCGCGUUUAUAGGAAUAGCCGAUUCGGGGAGCAGGAACGGAGGAACGUCUUCUCCGAAGUCAACUAAAGCCGCUGGAAUCCCAACACAACAUGUUACACUUCAAAAUGUGUGGAUAAGAAGGGUACCUUCGCACACGUCUGUAUAUGCCGUCCUAAGGAAUCCCAUACUUGACCUCAGUAAGCCGACACGAACCCCAAGACUGCACACCACGACCAUCCAGCCGGUCCCAGUUAUGUCAAGGCCGUUUAUCGUAGCACCAAGUAUUAUCACGGAUAGUGGAUUACCGUCUUCAGCGUUCUCUUCAUCCGCAAGCACGAGAGCAACAGAAUUUGACACCGCAUCAAGUACAGUUCCAACGCAAGGCUCUCUGGUAGCCUCAUCUGGAAAACCCCUCUUGCCAAGUACAAUAUCUCUUUCCAAGUCGCCAUCGAAAACGUCCAGUCCACAGUACACUACCGGUAGAAUGCUCUCCAAACCACCAACAGAGAAAAGGUUUACCUUCACGUCCCAAGGGCUACCAGCAUUUUCCACUUCAUCGGACGGCGUCAGGACCUUACCAAUAUCCUCACCGGUGGGUGGGAAUCCGCCAAAAGAGGCAAUACGGGUGGUGAGCAAUGGUAGUUCAUCGGGGGUGGUGAUUGGCGUUGCGAUUGGGUCGUUUGCAACUGGCUUCCUCACAGCGGGUUUGGUUAUCAAGCUCUACCUACGCAGCAGAUCAAAGACGUAUGGAAGAAAGGAUGGAUCACAGCUCUGCCAUGAUGGUGUGCGUAGUAGCAUUACUGAAACGCCAGUAGCCAUGACGGAGAGUGAGCUGUACGGGAACAGAGCGGCAGAGCCGGAGCAAAGCAACUGUGACGACGGUGUGUACACGUAUGUUGCUUACUAAGCGCACGUAGAUAUUGCUGAAGACGUGCCACACGAAUCUUUACUUACACCAUACACUGGAGUGUCCUUUUCUACUUGUUGAAUACCUUCUACAAACACUGUUCUAUUUUCCUUGCGCUGUUGCAAUCACCUCGCUCUUCGACUUAAGACUUAACAUUAGAGGAAAACGUUUAAGAAUUACAUGAUAUUGAAGAGCCUGAAGUUUGUCCUUUUCUCAGUUUUCGCGUUCUUGUUCACGAGGAAACUGUUGUUGCACGUACAUAAUUGUAAGAUAAUUGUAUGGUGCUCCAUUCUAUUCUUGAAACGUGGAGUGAUGAAACUGCUCCCGUUCGUCCUUUCAUUUGUGUACUUUGUACUUAGCCUUUGGCAACUUGAGUCCUCUACUGACGGCGGAUGAACAUCACAUUGUAAUAAUCAACUGUAGUCAGGCACGCAUGCAUUGACCUCAAUUUCCCCAACUGUAUUUGCGACCAAUUUUUGCCAUUCUCUAUGACCUCGCAUUGCAGCCAUAUUCACCAAUUGCCACGCUUGUUUUACGGCAACACGACUGCAUCGCAUUUCCAGCUUCAACCUCCAUCUCUUGCUGAGUACUUGCAAUGAAAUCAAGAAUCAAGUACCCAUGCAUGUAAUCAAUUCCUACUUGUAAUAAGUUGUUGCUUCCUUUGUUGUAGACUUAUACAUAAUUAUUAUUCGUUUCAGAACACAGUCUUC